UCAGGAACAGCCAAGUCCCUCCUCUUUCAGGAAGAAAACCAAACCUGCACCAAAUAUCCCGCAUCUCUUCCUGCUUCUACAAAGCGAGUAAACAGGCUCCAACCAGCAUGGCAACUCUCCUUCGCAGACUGCCAGGGCCCAUGUGUUCACCGAGGCGGUGGCAGGGAGUGAUUCUGCAGGAAACGCGGGGCGGAACUUCCCAUCGCGUCCCCCGGAACGGACGGGGACUGCUGCCCGGUGGCGGUCGCCCUCUGACGGCGUACAGCCGCGGGCAGCACACGGCGCCAGGUCCAGAGACGUUAGAGGUGGACAUAAAGCGGCUCGAGGGGGAAGACAAUGGGAUAGUAGAGGUGUUGAUGUGCCGACACAAGGCAAAAAACGCUCUGGGCCAUAUGUUUGUCUCACAGAUGAGGGAGCUGGUGUUAACUCUGUCCAAUGACUCGGCAGCUCAUGUGGUUGUCUUCAGGAGUUUAGUGCCGGGGGUCUUCUGUGCAGGUGCCGACCUGAAAGAGAGAGCUCAGAUGAACCACCGUCAGUCUGAUCUGUUUGUUCACAGCCUGCGAUCUCUCAUGACUCAGAUAGCAUCGUUGCCCAUGCCGACCAUCGCGGCGAUGGACGGCGUUGCCCUGGGAGGCGGUCUGGAGCUGGCCUUGGCCUGUGACCUCCGCACCGCUGCCUAUUCUGCACAGAUGGGUCUGAUUGAGACGACACGGGGGCUGCUUCCAGGGGCGGGGGGCAGUCAGCGGUUGCCGCGGACGGUCGGCAUCACUCUGGCCAAAGAGCUCAUCUUCACAGGUAAGCGUGUGGGAGGUCAGGCAGCUCUGGAGAUGGGGCUUGUAAAUAGAGCUGUAGAGCAGAACCAGACAGGAGACGCAGCCUACAGAGAGGCAUCCAGCCUGGCCAGAGAGAUACUGCCACAGGCUCCUAUCGCUGUGCGGCUGGCAAAAGAGGCAAUAAACCGAGGCAUCGAGGUUGACAUGAGUUCAGCAAUGGCAAUAGAAAGGAUGUGUUACGCUCGGGUCAUCCCCACACGGGACAGACAGGAGGGAAUGGCUGCCUUCAUAGAGAAGAGACCCCCGCACUACAUUGGGGAAUAAACUCCUCUUCACGAUUGUAUUUCUCUCUCACGGACACACUCUCUCCAUAACCUUGUCUGAUAUUCAAUUAACAGCCGUUGUGUGUGUGUGUGUGUGCACAGCCCAGCCAGUUAUCAAUACAUUAGUUAGGGUCAGGAUGAGUUGUGUAUCAUUUGACGUUCAGAAUGAGAUCAAAACUGUGGCACAAAAGUAUGUUGAUUAUUGAACUUGUGAAUCUUAUAUUUGAAAUAAAAAAGUCAACCGUCAUCUCCAGUUUAUGGGAAUGUACAUUCUUUAUUUCCAAACUAUCAGCAGCAACAUGCCCCAGUCAUGGCAGACAUACACAGCAUCUUGACUUUUUGUAUCUUCCACCUUUUUUUUUUUAAACUCUUGUAAUAAUUAAACUGGCCUUUCUACUAAACAAUCCCAACACAUCAGGAGCAACAGAAAAAACUAACUGAUUCUGUGUUCUCUGCUGCUCUUUGCCCUCCCAUAAACUGAUGAGAUCAGCUCAGGACACGUGCGUAAUUAGCAAGCUUAUACAACAACUGAUUUACAGAAAACAAGGCCAAAAUUCACUGAGCAGAUGAGGUGAUAGGUGUUUUGCUGACAGCUGUUAUAGGGUACCAGAU